GCCUCCCCCCUCCCCGCAGCUUCCCUUUCCUCCCCCCACCGCGAUCGCCCCACCCAGAUUUUUCCUCCCCUUCCCACGCGCCCCUCUCCUCCCCCCGCGAAAAGCCAGCCGGACCUAGCAUCGAGCCGCCGGCCUGCCGGCCUCCUCGCCCCCGCCCCAGAGUAAUGGACUAUUUCUUUUUGUAAUGUGAAAGUUACCAAAAGCAGCUUAUGGGAAAUAAACAAAGCUUGUGCACUGUUCCAAAUGAGGAAUUUUAAUCUAAGGCAGUCUGAAAACAGUAGAAUUUUUGGGGCAAUGUCAUCCUCUUUACCUAUUUUGCCAAAUUCUCUGAAAGAGAGCUUCCCGAGGCCUCAUAACCCCCAGCACAUUCGGAUGCCAAGGCAGCUACCUAAUGAUUCUAUGCCCUUGCGUAAUGGCACACCUCAGUCUGCUACUUUACACCCCAGAACUCGUGUUAUAGAAGCAUCAUAUUCAGGCUAUUCUGCUAAUCCACUUGAUUCUCGUUCUAACCAUGAGUCACAGUCUAUGGUUGCUCCCUUUAUUUCUCAGUCAUCCAGUGUUGACGUUUUCCAGUCUCUAUCUGAUAAUACCCCAGGAGCCCAUACUGAGGCAACCUGGUUCCCAUCUUCUAUGGAUGUUUUACCAGUUUACACAGAUAAUAUUGCUGCUCCUGAUAAUCAGAUCCAGAGUGGCAAUUCUGCUAUGACAUCUAAUGAGGUUGCUAAACAAAAUGAUUGGUGGGCAGAAAUAAUGAAUGAUGAUUGGAAAGAUAUUCUAGAUGCAACAGCUACUGAUUCCCAGUCAAAGGCCAUGAUGCAACCUUCCAACUCAACUGCAUCACUGCCUGCAGUGAACCAGUCAGCUUCGUCUCAUAGUGGGGAGAUCUGUCCUGUUGCUAGUCCUCCCAAUAGCGGCAAUGCUUCUGCAGCUAAACAACGGAUGAGAUGGACCCCAGAACUUCAUGAAUGCUUUGUAGAUGCUGUAAAUCAGCUUGGCGGUAGUGAAAAAGCUACUCCUAAGGGUGUGCUCAAGCUUAUGAAAGUUGAUGGUUUGACAAUAUAUCAUGUCAAAAGUCAUCUGCAGAAGUACCGCACGGCUCGCUAUAAACCAGACCUGUCUGAAGGUACAUCCGAAAAAAGGACCACCACGGAAGAGCUGUCCCUGGACCUGAAAACGAGCAUGGAUCUUACUGAAGCACUGCGCCUUCAGAUGGAAGUCCAGAAGCGUCUUCAUGAACAGCUUGAGAUUCAGAGAAAAUUGCAGUUGCGGAUUGAAGAACAAGGAAAGUAUUUGCAGAUGAUGUUUGAAAAGCAGUGUAAAUCCAGCACGGAGAAGGUCCAGGAUCCAUCCUCAGGCGAUACAUCAGCAAACCCAUCUUCUGAUCCAAGCCACUCUGCAAACAAGGAUAGUAGUUCAGCCAUGGACCAAAACAGAAUAGGAGACAGCCCUGGAACUGCCAAACUGGGAGAACGAUCGACCCAAUUAGGUGUCAAACAGAAAAUUACAGAAAUCGACUCUGAUUCCGAUGCAGCUGCAGAUGGUGGAUCAAAGAUCUCUAAAGAGAAGCGUCGCAAACUGCAAGAUAGUUAACACAUCGGUUGCAUCAUUCAGAUUAUAGCUGGUCAACACCCUUGCUUGAUCAAAAUUGUUACCGUCCAUGUGUUGAAUUCUACUACUGGUUCGUGAAGUGUAUUGAGUUGAACCAUCCUUAGCUAUUUAAAUGAACCUAAGCAAGGAGAAAAAAGUGAACCUUCUGUUAGCCGUGUGUAUAGCAUUAGCAAUAAGAGUUAUCCCCGAAAUUAUGGGGGACAAUAAGAUGUAGCAAUGUUAUAUUUCUGCAUGCACGUUUCCUGUUUCU